CAGAAUUAACGGUUACGCUAUUACAAUCCAGAAAUCCAAAGAGAAGAGCUUUCGAUUUCUAAUGGCAAUCUCUUCAACUUCUGAAUCUUGAAAUCAAAUUCAAAAAUGGUUGCAACUCUACUCACUCACAAUUACUUCUCCAAUUUCAACGCACCCAGAAUUGUUUCCCUUAACCCCUGCGAACCCCCCAACCCAAACCAAAGCCAAUAUGCUGUAAGCGGUCCAAGAUUUCCCAAACUGAAUCAACUCCAAUUAACCCAUUUCAGUGCUUCAAAAACCUUAACCGAACCGUGCAAUAUCACACUCAUUGAUGCUCUUCGUUCUUGUAUUGAUUCGGGGUCGAUAGAGGAUGCACUCUACUUGUUUGAAGAAAUGAACCACUCGGAUACCUUCACGUGGAAUAUCGUGAUUAAGGGUUUAGUCCAAAAAGGGUUGUUCGAUGAAGCAAUUAGUUAUUUCCACAGGAUGGAAUUUGAAGGAGUUAGACCGGAUAAAUUUACAUACCCAUUUGUGCUCAAGGCCUGUGCUGGGUUAUUGUCUUUUAAGGAAGGGAGUAAAGUUCAUGCGAAAUUAAUUAAGGUUGGAUUAGAUUUGGAUGUUUAUAUUUGUAACUCUCUUAUUUCUAUGUAUAUGAAAGUCGGGUGCCUCGAAUCGGGAGAGAAUGUGUUUGAGGAGAUGUCUGCGAGGGACUUGGUUUCUUGGAAUGCUAUGGUUUCUGGGUACCAACUAGUUGGUGAUAGUUUGAGCUCGUUGGUUUGCUUAAGGGAAAUGGUUUCGGUAGGAAUAAGACCGGAUAGUUUCAGUUUUAUUAGCGGUCUUGGGGCCUGUUCUGUCGAGGGUUUUGGAAGAAAUGGUAAAGAGGUUCAUUGUCAGGUUAUUAGAAAUGGGUUUGAAAUGGAUCCUAGGGUGGAAACUUCACUGAUUGAUAUGUAUGGGAAAUGUGGGAAUGCGAUUUAUGCAGAGAGGGUGUUCAACAUGAUCGUCGACAAAAACAUUGUCACUUGGAAUGUUAUGGUUGCUGGGUAUGCUUACAAUGCUCGUUUCUAUGAGUCAUUCUCUUGUGUUAAGAAGAUGCAAGAUGUUGGAAAGUUGACGCCUGAUGUUAUUACAAUGAUAAACUUACUUCCAGCUUGCGCACAAACGGGAGCCCUUUUGAUGGCUAAGUCUAUUCAUGCUAGUGCAAUCAGAAAAGGGUUUCUCCCUCAUAUAGUAUUGGAGACUGCUCUGGUUGAUUUUUACGGAAGGUGUGGGAAGUUGAAACUGGCUGAACAUGUCUUUACGCAAAUCAACCAAAAGAACUUGGCAUCGUGGAAUGCGAUGAUUGCUGCUUAUGUACAGAAUGGAUGGUAUUCAGAAGCCUUGGAACUGUUCCUAGACAUGUGGUACAAUUCCGUUAAACUGGACGUGAUAACAUUUGCAAGCAUAUUACCAGCAUAUGCUGAAAUAACCUCCUUGAGUGAGGGUAGGCAAAUACAUGCUGUUGUUACGAAAUUGAGGCUUAGUUCGUCUAAUGUCAUCAUCUCAAAUUCAAUUAUUUAUUUGUAUGCCAAGUGUGGAGAUCUCCGGACUGCAGGGAGAUGUUUUGAUGGCAUGGUUUGUAAAGAUGUUGUUUCAUGGAACACAAUCAUUAUGGCUUACGCCAUUCAUGGGUUCGGGAGAGUUUCCGUCCAGUUUUUCCAGGAAAUGAUAGAAAACGGUAUCAAGCCUAACAAGAGCACUUUUGUUUCGCUAUUAUCAGCUUGCAGCAUUUCUGGCAUGGUCGAUGAAGGGUGGGAAUAUUUUAAUUCAAUGAAAAGAGAUUACGGUAUUAACCCAGGAAUAGAGCACUUCGGUUGUAUGCUGGAUCUUAUUGGUCGAACUGGGAAUCUUGAUCUAGCUAAGCAUUUUAUUGAAGAAAUGCCGCUUGUCCCGACCGCCCGGAUUUGGGGUUCUCUACUAUCUGCGAGUAGAAAAGCCAAUGACAUCGAAUUCGCAGAAGUUGCAUCCAAGCAUGCUUUAUCCCUGGAGCAUGACAAUACAGGGUGUUACAUCUUGCUUUCUAACAUGUAUGCUGAAGCUGGGAGGUGGGCAGAUGUAGAGAAGAUCAAAACACUUGUGAUUCAAGAAGGCAUAGCAAAAACAAUGGGAUGUAGUACAGUUGAGAAAGACUAUAAAGUUCACAGGUUUGUCGAUCAAGAUGGGUCGAACGCUCAGGUGAACAUGAUCAAUGACGUGAUGGAUAUCAUCACGAAAAUGACAGUGAAAGAUGAAGAUGUUUAUGCUCGUCGUAUUACCAAGUUGAGAAGAACAGAUUUGACAAGAAAGAAACCAAAUGUACCAGGGAAUCAUAGUGUGAGAUCGGCCAUCUCGUUCGGAUUGAUCUCGACCAAGUUGGGGUCUCCGGUUCUCAUCAGAAAGAACGUUAGAAUUUGCGAGGCUUGCCACAUCUUUGCAAAGAGGGUCUCAAAGAUUAGUAAAAGAGAGAUGGUAGUGGGAGACUCCAAGGUCUUUCAUCACUUUGAAGAUGGAAACUGCUCUUGCGGUGAUUAUUGGUGAUAGCUGCUGUUGUACAAUCCAUAUAUAGCCUAGCAAAACAACUAUAAACAAACCUCCUACACAAUUGUAAAAGACCAACGACAAAUGAAUAGAGACACCAAGUAAUUGUGUAUAGACAUGUA